GGGACCCCCUACACGUGGUGGGUGGGCCGGGGCAGCGAGAAGCACUUCUACUGGGGGGGCUCGGGGCCCGGCAUCCAGAAAUGUUCCUGUGGCAUCGACAGGAACUGCACGGACCCAAAGUACGACUGCAACUGUGACGCGGACCAGCGGCAGUGGAGAGAGGAUGCUGGUCUCCUGAUUUAUAAAGAGCACCUGCCCGUCAGCCAGGUUGCCGUGGGUGACACCAACAGACCGGGCUCUGAGGCUAAGCUAACGGUUGGACCGCUCCGUUGCCAAGGAGACGAUAACUACUGGAACGCUGCGUCGUUCACCACCCCGUCCUCCUACCUGCACUUCGCCACCUUCCAGGGCGAGACCAGCGCCGACAUUUCCUUCUAUUUCAAAACCAGCGCUCCCUACGGCGUCUUUCUGGAAAACCUGGGCAACACAGACUUCAUCCGUUUGGAGCUGAAAUCUCCUAAACUCAUUUCCUUCUCCUUCGACGUUGGAAACGGACCUGUGGAGCUGACGGUGCAUUCGGACACGCCCCUCAAUGACGACCAAUGGCAUCGCGUGAUGGCCGAGCGAAACGUGAAACAGGCCGUGCUUCAGCUGGAUGAAACGUACCGGGCCUCUCAGCUCGCUCCUGCUCAGGGACACACACGCCUAGAGCUGUUCAGCCAGCUCUAUGUUGAAACUGGACACAUAGACCCGGUCUUCGAGCAGUACAACACCCCGGGUUUCGUCGGGUGUCUCUCGAGGGUUCAGUUUAACGGCGUCGCUCCGCUGAAGUCUGCUCUGAGAACCGUCUCACAGCCCACAGCCGGUCAGACAGACAGGCCGCCUGCAGCCGCCUCACACGUCUCCUACCAGGGGAAACUGCUGGAGUCCAACUGUGGGUCGUCUCCUCUCACCAUCCCACCAAUGUCUGCCGCCACUGACCCCUGGCAUCUGGACAACACAGAUGCAGAGUUCCCCUUCAACGAGGAGAGAGUGAUUCCUGAUGGAGUCAACCGAGACUCGGCUAUCAUCGGAGGUAUCAUAGCGGUGGUGAUCUUCACCAUCUUAUGCACUCUGGUGUUCCUGAUCCGCUACAUGUUCCGCCACAAAGGCACGUACCACACCAACGAGGCCAAGAGCACCGGGGAGGCGGCCACAGAGUCGGCGGACACGGCCAUCGUCGGCACCGACAACCCCGAGACCAUCGAGGAAUCAAAGAAGGAGUGGUUCAUCUAACGGCCAAUGAGAGAGGACUUUGAGAGAGGAAGUGAGGCCUCAGACAGAGGAGGUUUAAUGUAAUGGCCAAUCACGGGAGAGAUGGAGGCCAUUCAACAGGACAAUAAUCUCCCAGAGAGAAGGAAAGACGUGUACAGAAAUCGUUUUGUUUGUUUGUUUUGUUUUUUAUAUAUUCAGAGUAUUAGAAGAGAAGGGGGACGGUUACGCAGCGGAGCACGGCUGUGACAGACUGAACAUGUAUAUACUAACCGGAUUGUCCUUCUUUGUAUCGUGCUUGGGAGUUUUCAGGAGUCCUUUGAAUACUGUAUGACAAAUAAUUAUACUUACUGGGUCGUGUGAUAGCACAGAUUUAUUGCCAGUCUCUGUUGCAUUUUGAUUUUAUUUUUUAACAAAAUCUUAUAUCGAAAAAGGAUCAAAUCAACAUGCCAAACUCUUUUUAUGUUAAUUUAUCAGGCUGUGGUUGCACCAGUCUGUCAACACUCACAUGCAAAUGACAUUUCCACUUAUAUCGUGGUAUUAUAGAGUUGAAUAUGGAUGCCAAAACUCACUUUGUAAAUACAAUAUUUGUGUUCUUUUUUUCUUUUUCUCAAAAGAUUUAUUCAGAGUCUAAUACAUAAACACUAAAGAGAAAUGUCAGAUCUAUAUUACGAUAUCAUGUGUCCGUCCAUUACAUUAUAUAUGUAUUAAAUAUAGAGUUUUAUGUUUAAAUCUUAUGACAUUCGAUUGUACGUAUUGCUUUCUGAGGAGGGGUUUCUCAGCAUGAUGGGAAAUCAUGGUGUUCAGCUCGGCAGCUUCUUUUGAGCCUUUGCUCAUCCAGACAUGAGCCAUCCUCUCGUUUCUUUGCCAAACACUUGAGUCUUACGUCAUUUUACAAACCGGUAUUUUUACAUCUGAGACUGACGUUGGGCUGUGGGUUUGCAGUGCGUGCAUUUAUGUUUAUGUGUAGGUCAGACGAUUUGUUUUAUUGGAUAAAAGGAGAUUGGUUCACACAGAUGAGAUCAAACAACUCGAGUUCUAUUGAUGCUCUUAAUUUCAUGCAGUGAGUGGUCAAAGAAGCAUCAAAGUCCCCCAAAAUAUACUUAAUAUUUGUUCAAACUGGGAUCCUAAUCUGGGAAGGAAAAGAUCAUAUUUGGCUUUUUAAUCCUUUGUGCCUUCGAGGUGUUGUUCCCCAGAUUACUACUAUUACACGUAAUGCAAUGACUUGCUGCUGCUGCUGCAUGAAUUCUCAUUAAUCCGAUUCAGUUAGGUAUCUUCUUUAUGUCUCCUGAUUUGAGCGAUGUGUUUAACUAACCACAAAUUCAGAAUGCGUAGGCGAUAAAAGUCCAGUAAAAGUUUCUUUAUUCUUACAUUUGAAGCAUAGAUGUGUGGGGUUUUAUGCAGCAGGUACAUUGACAGAGCUGCACGCUAUACAAAUACACAAGAGGCUUACACCCACCCUCUGUGACACACACACACACUCGCAAACAUGCAUGUUUGAUAGAGCAUGUCAAGGUUGAACAUUCAUGAGGCUGCUGCUUAGUCAACGAUGAAUUGAGCUUCACUCUGUGCCACUGUUGUCCAUCACACAAGACUUUCAAACCACUUGUUUCUCCUGCCAUCGUUGCGUGUGUUUACCUUAGCGUAGCAUUUACAGAACAACGUUGCUGCCAACUUUGUACUUUUGUCAUGAAUUUGCUUUCUGUACGUCUGUUUUGUCUCCUUUCUGCCAUGACACCCUGUUACCUGAUUGGUUGAGUGCUAGCUGCAGAUCACUUUAUCAGACAUGAGGACAGCUAGUGAACUCAGCCUGCCUUCGGCCUCAUCACAUCCAGGCGACCCAGUGACUUUCCUUUUCUUAUGAUUAUAUUACUCAGAUAUACAUAAUCGCGCCCACAUGCUCUGGAUAUGUGACUGCAGAUAACGAUGGAUUAUCAGCUCCAACAGACAUGACCCAUAUGUUUUGCUUUCAGUUGUGUUCAGUUCAAUAAAGAGUGUUUGAUCUUUAA